GGGGCGGGGAUCGCCGGGGUGUCGGGGUGCCAGCCGCCGGUUUCGAUUAGAGCCCGGAGCCGCGGCGGAGGAGCAGGGCAGGAUCGGCGCGCAGGGAGCCCGGCGGCGGGGCGGCGGGGAGGCGGCGGCGGGGGCACCGGCGCGCAGGGCGGCCGCGGGGCGCAGGGAGGCGAUCGGAGCGGAGCCACGGCCACGCCGCCCGCCCGGCCCGGCCGCAGCGGGGCCCGCAGCCGCGAGCGCGCCCGGGACAGCGCGCGGGGGAGCGCGCGCGGGCGGGGGCGCGUAGGCCCUGCCCGCCCCUUCCGUCCCCACCCCACUCCGCCCCUUCCUCUCCCCCCGCUUCUCCCUCCUGCGCCCCCGCCUCGGGCGCCUACCCUGUCCUCCUCCGGCGGGAGCGCUGUCCGCGGCGACGGCCGGAGCAGGCCGGGCCGGGCCGGGGGAUGGCGCUGCUGGACCUGGCCCUGGAGGGAACGGCCUUAUUCGGCUUCGCCCUCUUCUCGGUGCUGUGGCUGAUGCAUUUCAUGUCCAUCAUCUACACACGAUUGCACCUCAACAAGAAGGCGACUGACAAACAGCCCUAUAGCAAGCUGCCAGGCGUGUCUCUUCUGAAACCACUGAAAGGAGUGGAUCCCAAUCUCAUCAACAACUUGGAAACAUUUUUUGAAUUGGAUUAUCCCAAAUAUGAAGUGCUCCUUUGUGUCCAAGAUCAUGACGACCCAGCCAUUGAUGUAUGUAAGAAGCUUCUUGGAAAAUACCCAAAUGUCGACGCCAGAUUGUUUAUAGGUGGCAAAAAGGUUGGCAUUAAUCCUAAAAUUAAUAAUCUAAUGCCAGGAUAUGAAGUUGCAAAGUAUGAUCUUAUCUGGAUUUGUGAUAGUGGAAUAAGAGUGCUUCCAGACACUCUCACUGACAUGGUUAACCAGAUGACAGAGAAAGUAGGCCUGGUUCACGGGCUGCCUUACGUAGCAGACAGGAUGGGCUUUGCCGCCACGUUGGAACAGGUAUAUUUUGGAACUUCGCACCCGAGGUCCUAUAUCUCUGCCCACGUAACGGGGUUCAAAUGUGUGACAGGAAUGUCCUGUUUAAUGAGGAAGGAUGUGUUAGACCAAGCAGGAGGGCUCAUAGCUUUUGCUCAAUACAUUGCUGAAGAUUACUUUAUGGCCAAAGCAAUAGCUGACCGAGGCUGGAGGUUUGCGAUGUCCACUCAAGUUGCCAUGCAAAACUCGGGCUCCUAUUCCAUUUCUCAGUUCCAGUCGAGAAUGAUCAGGUGGACCAAAUUACGAAUUAACAUGCUUCCUGCUACAAUAAUUUGUGAGCCGAUUUCAGAAUGCUUUGUUGCCAGUUUAAUUAUUGGAUGGGCAGCCCACCAUGUAUUCAGAUGGGAUAUUAUGGUGUUUUUCAUGUGUCAUUGCCUGGCAUGGUUUAUAUUUGACUACAUUCAACUCAGGGGUGUCCAGGGUGGCACACUGUGUUUUUCAAAACUUGAUUACGCCGUAGCUUGGUUCAUCCGUGAAUCCAUGACAAUAUACAUUUUUCUGUCAGCGUUAUGGGACCCCACGAUAAGCUGGAGAACUGGCCGCUACAGGCUGCGCUGCGGGGGCACCGCCGAGGAAAUCCUCGAUGUGUAACUGCCGCUCUGUGACUGUACCGACAGGAGGAAAAAGAAGUAUUAUAAAUUAUGUUUAUAUAAAUGCUUUUAAAGAUCUACCUUCAGUAGUUUUACCACAUGUAUGUUUUGGUAACUGUUCUUUAAUUUAUUUUUUUUUGCAUGGCACUUGCAUCUGUGAAAAAAAAAGAAAAAAAAAGAAAGAAACACAUCUGUAGUCUUGGCCAAAUGGUAUACAUUGUUGUGUGGAAGUAGAGAAUCAAGAAAAUUGGUUCUAGGAACCUGGGUUUGGUUUUUGUUGUUUUU